GCAGAAACACAAACACACGGUCAAAAAUGUGUACUACGGUACAAGCGAAAGAUGGCGAGACCGAGGACAAAAUUGGGUGGAGAACCUGUGGAGGUCAUUCACAUUCCUGCUUCCUGUGAUGGCGAGACCACCAGUAUUUUACCUCCCCAGUUUCCAGUUUCCACCCCCACUCGCUGCCUACGGCGGCAGCAGUGUAGCUCUCCGUCGCCACGCCCACGCACCCCAAAACCCAUAAAAGGCUCGAGACCGCGGCCAGCUACCGAGCCAUAAACACGAGCUCUCCUCCUGCCUCUCCGACGGCAAUGGACGGAAACUCCCUCCCGCCGCCCGCGCCGCCGUACGCAGGGGACCCCCUCGCCGUCACGAUCCCCCCGCCGUUGCCGCUGCCGUUGCAGUCGCCGCCUCCGCCGCCUUCCUCCUCGCUCAACCUCUCGCCCUCGCUCCUCAUCAUCGCCGCGCUCCUCGCCUUCGUUUUCGUCGCGUCCAUCUCCAUCCACUUCCUCCUCCGCUGCCUCUCCUCGCGGCAGACGUCCUCUCCGGCUCCGAGCGCUGUUGUCUCCAGGGGACUCGGCGCCUCCUCCCGCUCCGACGCCGACGCGGCGGCCCCUUCGGCGCGACCCGCGGCGGGCCCGGCGGCGGGGGCGGCGGCAGGGGGCGAGGAGGUCGACGACGAGAAGGAGCGGCUGAUCGCGUCGCUCCCGCUCUUCACGAUGGCGUCGGCGCUGGCGGCGCUGCCCAAGAGCUCCCCCGACUGCGCCGUGUGCUUGUCGCCGUUCGUGCCCGACGCCGAGCUGCGGCUGCUCCCGGCGUGCCGGCACGCGUUCCACGCCGCCUGCGUCGACGCGUGGCUCCGCAACACGCCGUCCUGCCCGCUCUGCCGCGCCGCCAUCUCGCUCCCGCACCCGCCUCUCCCCGCCGCCUACACCGGCGCCGCGCAGCAGGAGCCGCUGGACGCGAGGAGCAGCAGCAACGCGUCCAGGAGCUUCCGCGUCGAGAUCGGCAGCGUGAGCAACCGGCGCUCGUCCGCCGCGGGGGACGACCGCCGCACCUACUCCCUCGGCUCCUUCGACUACCGCGUGGACGAGGAGGUGGAGGCCGUGGUGGCGCGCAUCGCGCGCCCCGCGGCGGCGGCCAAGUCGGGGGUGGCCGGGCAGCGCGCCGCGCCGCAGCAGGGCCCGGGCGAGGCGCUGGCGGAGGCGGCGGGGUCGCGAGGGUGGCUACGGGAGUACGUGGACCGGCUGGCCUCCUCGGCGUCAUCCCUCUCCGGGCGGUGGAGCGCGCGGUGGAGCCAGGGACACCAUAGCCACCGGCAGGAGGAUUCCUGGCGGUGGGACCCCGAAGCGGCGGCGAUGGCGGCGCCGCGGGCGGCGGACGAGGACGAGGCGGGGCUCAUGGGCCUGUACCGCUGGAUAGUAGGCGUAUAGGAGUAUGAUUGAUUAUAAUUAGCCUGUCUGUAAUUUCGGACCCUGAAGUUUUUUUGUCAGCUUCCAUAUUAAUAUUAGGACUCCGCUGUAAAAAUAGAAUUGGCCCCAGAAACAGAUGAUGGGGUUUGGAUCGAA